AGUCCUUCUCGUUCUCUCUAUAGCUAAAGAUGGCUGAAGCUCCUCCAUGUCCCAGUCGGUUCUUCUGUCACAGAUGCUCUCUGGAGAUUAGUCCUCGGCUCCCCGAAUAUAUGUGUCCACAGUGCGAGUCUGGAUUCAUUGAGGAGCUGCUGGAAGAGAGAAGUGCUGACAAUGGCUCCGUGUCCUCCAUCUCCAGCGGGCCCCAAAACCAACAACCAUUUGAGAAUGCGGGCCAGCAGCUAUUUACAUUCCCUUCAGGCUUUGGUCAGUUUUCCUUCAGCGUCUUCGAUGACAGCUUUGACCCCGAGCCCGGACUUGGGGCGGAGGACAAUCGGGACGCGGAAAACCCUUCAGAAAGGGAAACGUCAGACAGGGACUCGUCAUCUCGGCAGCGAUACAGUGCCAGGCAACCAAGAAGUCAUCAUGGUUCAAGACGGCAAACGGGAAGGCCUGACGGUGUCCCUACUUUAGAAGGAAUCAUCCAACAACUUGUGAAUGGAAUAAUAGCACCCACUGCAAUGCCAAACGUUGGUGUUGGAGCCUGGGGGGUCCUCCACUCCAAUCCAAUGGACUAUGCCUGGGGUGUUAACGGUCUAGAUACUAUUAUAACACAGUUAUUAAACCAGUUUGAGAUUACAGGGCCACCGCCUGCCGACAGAGACAAAAUAAAAAGUCUUCCUACAGUACAAAUCACUGCUGAACAUGUUGCUUCAAGACUGGAAUGUCCUGUGUGUAAAGAAGAUUACAGUGUUGGGGAGAACGUGAGGCAGCUUCCAUGCAAUCACAUGUUUCACAACGAUUGCAUAAUCCCCUGGCUGGAACAGCAUGACACUUGUCCAGUAUGCCGGAAGAGCUUGAGCGGACAAAACACAGCUACAAACCCUCCAGACCUAUCAGGGAUGGACUUUACACCUUCUUCUUCUUCAUCGUCAUCGUCAUCCUCCUCCUCUUCUACCCCUCAGUCCUCAGGUUCCACCAGCAAUGAGAACUCCACUGAUAACUCAUAAGGGCAUUUGUGCCGAUCACUUCAUGAGCUGGUUUCUGCUUCAGAGCAGUGCCCUCCAGUCCCUCCCUGCAGUAGGGCAGAGGCCUGAGUGCAUAUCACUAGGAUCACUCAGGACUGUUUCAGGGGUAAGUGAUACACGUGUUUAUGUAUUUCUGCCUGCCGUGUCCCCCUCUCCUCCUCCCCCCUCCCCCCCCACCUUCAUCAGGAAUGUGAACAAUGGAAGGGCAGAAAGCCUGCAGCGCAGCUUCUGACUGGGAGGAUGUGGAAAAGCAUGGAGACUUCAAGAGACUCGCGGUGCUUAAAGCGCCUCUGAAGGGAGAGAAUCCAAAGGUGGACUAGGAGCACCGAGACAAUUGCCAGUGUUUCUGCAAACCUCUAGUCUUGGUUGAUUUAGUAUGACCCACUUUUGCCCUAGGCAAAAGAUAUGCCUGAUGCUUUUCUUUGAUAAGUAGCAUUCAAAUCUUUGAGUGCGUGGCUUCAGUGUGCUUUAAGAUGUAUUCAUGGUUUGAAAGAAUAUUACACUUCCAUAUCUUUCCAAUUGAAAUUGACCACAGUUUGUAUAGUUGUGUGUUUUAAACAAAUGAUUUUAUUUGAUGAAUUGCAGUGAUUGUUGAAUAAAACGUAUCAUUACUAAGGCCCACUCCACACUAACUGAAGUAUUUUUUUUAAUUAAGACCUUCUGUCCAAGUUGCUAUAGUUUUUGGUGACAAAAAUGUAGCUUUUUAAAACUGCUUGUUGUGUAAAAGUGCAGGCAGGAGAUUAUUUUCCGGUGAAGCAGCUUUUUAACGUUUUGUUUUCCACAUCAGCCAUUUGUCCUGACUCUGUUUCUAUAUUCGAGCGGAGUGGGGGACGACUGGACACUCAGGUUGAGAGGGUUCUUGUUGCAUGUCACAAAAAGCUGUUUUGGUUUUCCGGGCCAAUACAGUUACAAUUUUAUUUUCAGGUUCAUCAGUAGAUUCCAAUUUUGACAAAUUUAGUUUUUUCCCUUAACCCCCAUAGCAUAUAAAACAGGACAUUGUGUGCUGUGGGUUCUAGUUUUAAAUCCUGCAAAAAAAAUGAACUGCAAGCACAGGCCCCUAAGUUGUGUCUGGUUUUUAUUUUCAAUCUCAAAAAAGGUGCAUCAACAUGCAGUAAUUAUUUUGUCUAUUACCAAUGCACUUAAUACAUAUAGGGGAAAAUUAUUUUUAAAUACUUCCACCAAAUAAAGGGGAUUGAGAAUUGUCAGACUGAUGCAAUGUAUCUGAACUUUACAUACAAAGAAAUAACUGCUUUUCAUUUAAAUCUCACCAUGUUUUAGCUGCUGUUCGGUUGAAUUUGGUUAGACUGAGUUUGUGGCAUUGUGAGUAGAAACCUUUUUAUGUUUUGAGAAUUUUUCUAAGCUGUGUAGGGUGGAGGAUUAAUGGCAUUUGAAAACGGAUACAUAGAUGAUGUUAAAAAAAAAAUACAAUACAUAUAUAUACUAAUAUAUGUAUUAGAUGUGAAGGUAUUUGGUUUCCAGUCUAAUUUAUGUGUUCCUUUCUUGGUGCUUUGCACUGUAAAAACAACUUAGGGACAAUGGCCGCCAUUAGCGGAUGCUUUGAACCUCUUUUCAAUGCAUAAUAAGACUUUGAAAUAAUUUUGUACUUUCAAAGUCAUGACUGAUCCGAUGGUAUACAAAAAAGUAAACAAACUCUGUGUGAAGUCCCUUUGCAUUUGCCUGAUGAAUAUCAAUAAGCCAACUACGUUAUGCUUCCUUUUAUUGUUUAGUUAUGCGUGAGUUUCCUCUACUUUGUACCCCUAUUGUCCCCUGGGAUGCUAGGUUCUAAGGCAUUAAUUGAAAGGGAUUGUUGUGGCGACGAAACACUUGUGGCUACACACAAAGGAAUUUAUAGGUUUGGGAUUGAUUUUUACAAAGUGAAAAUGAAUUCAUUUUCUGCUCCUUUCCUCGCUUUAUUGUUGAUAUUAAGUGUUUAUGCCGGAGUUUGCAGCCCGGCAGGCGAAUUUAAAAUGUGAUUACUACAGGUUCAGUGAGGAAACUCUGACUCUUUGUCUCCAAUAACAGCUGUAUUGUUUUAGAACAUUUGGAGAAGCUUGUGAGCCAAGUCAGGCAGCGUUUUGGGUUUCUGCAGAAAGAUGGAAAUUCAAUGCGGACGGUAUCUAACAGCAGUCUUAAAUAAAAUAUUGCAGAAAAGAAUAUAUUUCUAACUAAUCG